AUGUAUGACAAUUUCGAAGAACUUAUUACUCAAUUUUCAUCAUUAUAUAUAUCUACUAAAGUUCUUCAUCAAAUAAAUCUUAUUCUUCAACAACAAAUUAAUGAAUCAUUAUCAUUAUUUGUUUCUCAUUCAUUCAAUUCAAUACUUACACUUGAACAUUGGGCAUGGCAACUAUUAAGUCAAAAUUCUCAUCAAUGGAUUAAUGAAUUACAUUAUCAAGAAGUAUUUCAUACUCUCGCAUUAUUCAAUAAAAAAUUGAUCUAUGAUUAUAAUAUCAUUGAAGUUAGUAAAAAAGCAAUUCUUCUUUUUCCUGUUACUGUUGAUCAAAUUAAUAUUAUAUUCGAACAAAUUAGACAAUCUAAUGAUGAUAAUGAUCCUUUCAUUAUUAUUGUUAGUCUUUGGUUAGACAAUCAUUCAUACUUUCUACAUGAUAAUCCUCAUUCAAAUAAAUUAGUAAUUACUGAUUAUAUUAAUAAGUAUAUAAUAUGUAAUUAUAUCAUGAAUAAACAAUUUAAAAUGUAUAUAUCACAACUUCGACAUUCAUAUAUACCAGAAUCAAUAUUUUCAGGGAAAAUGUUAUUCUAUAUAAAAACAAGUUUAUUUUCACUGUUUUCAUAUUUAGGUGCAAAAGAUCAUCGUUGUUUUUAUACUGCUGAUGAAAUACUUCGUUAUUUAUACGAAGAUUAUUUACAAAUAAUUUAUAUUCAUAGUUCUUUGGUGGCAACAUGGAAUAAAGAUUUAGUUCCUUGUAUUGGACAUUUGACUGGUGUUAUAGCUAAAUGUUACUGGUCAGGUGAAAAGAAUAGAACACAAAUGAAAAUACUUUUUUCAACAGAACAAUUAACAUGUGAUCAUGUACGAGAACUGAUUUAUAUUAUUGGCUAUGAGCAAUUUCAUAAAGAAAUUGAAUCAGUACGAUCAAAUGAUGAAACUGUUUUGAUCGAUUCAAUUCUAAUGGUUUUAUUGAAUAUUGUUAGAACUCAGAAUAUAAAUUGGUUUUUUCGUUCAAAUAUAAUAAUAAGAGAAACACUUUUAACAGUGGCUGAAAAAUCAUUGUAUGAUGAAAUCUGCUUACGA